AUGCCGUCUGUAGAUGGUGAAGAAAAUGGUGAGGAGGAAGUGGAAAGGAGCCCUAACGAAGACGAGAACAUGAGUGAAGAAGAGGAGGAAGAGAGCAGCCUGAGUUCCGACGAAUCGUCUUCUGAGUCCAGCAUCGACGAAACGGAAAAUGAGAGAAGAAGAAAUGAAUGUCUCAAUGACAUGGCAGACCUGGAAAGACAAUUUAGCGACCUGAAAGAACAGCUGUAUCGAGAGCGCAUAAGCCAAGUCGAGAAGAAGUUGGAUGAGGUCCAAUCUGAAUGUGCCAUGGAGUAUACCGGCCCUGUUAGUGAAUUGAAGGAGAUGUGUGAAAUUAGAAUAGAAGUUGCAGGAAUUUUACGAAAUUGUAGGUUAGGGAAUGUAAGAAACAAAUAUGAUGCAGAUGAACAGGCUGCAAAACAACAUUAUGAGAGUGAAAAGCUGGCCUUGAUGGAAAGCAUGAAGCAAGAGUUAGAAGAAAAGAUAAGAAAAUUAGAAGAGGAUAAACAAAAUAUGGAUAUUUCGGCAGAUAUCUGGCUUGAAUCACAGUCGCUCAAAAAGAGGCACAGGAAGUCGUCUGAUGGAUCCAUGCUCUCUGACAAAAGACGGAAGCCUGUCACUGUUACAGGUCCCUACAUUGUAUAUAUGUUAAGAGAAAUGGAUAUUCUUGAAGACUGGGCUGCUAUCAGGAAGGCAAAAGGAGCAUUAGCAAGGAGAAGACAAGAAAGUGGUUGCCAAUCAGAGAAGAGUCCAUUUAGUGCAAGAUAUGAAGAUGGAAAGCUUUACUAUGAAGGAGAAUGGUUCCACAAAGGUGAUCAUGUACUGAUAGAAAGCAGAAAUGAUACACAGUCCAGUGCCAUUGUUACAGGGAUUAACACUGGAGAGGUGUGGGUUAGGAAAGGAGAUGGAUCAAAAACAAAGUUGUACAUAGGACAACUGCAGAAAGGAAAAUACAGGAUAAAGAAGUCAUGAAAAGUAGUUGAUCAAGUGCAACAUUUUGUUGUCCAUUGUAUUAAAAUCUUUUAGAUUUAAGUCUAUUUUGUGACAGAUUGCAUCAGGCCACUGUGACAGUUAUGAAGUGUGUAUUGUAGUUGGUGCCUACAGUUUAUCAUAGGAGACUUUGACAUCCUGACAUGUUGCUGUGACUAUGUAUAGUGAUGUAUUGAGAAUGGCAAUUUUUUAAAUCUCUUUAACUGUGGUGAGAAAUAUAGCCUAUUAUCCUUCUCGUGCUUAACGUAGAAGCAAUGCAAACUUGAAACAAAACACACAGCCUGACCCUUAAGACAAAAGAGAACAAAAGUGGCCCAACUGAAGAGCCACAAAGAAUGAAAGAGAAAACUUGUCAAAUAAAUAAGAA